UGUCCUGAGAACGAUUGGCUGAAGGGCAGGCACUAUAAUCGAGCAGUGGCAGUUAAGUGCGCCCCUGUGAAAUUUUCAGAAUGAUUCUAACCCGCAAAACGAUCGAACUGACUCAACAUCUCAUCAAAAGGAACUACGGUAUCUCUGCUGUGCUUCUUAGCAAGGCUAGUGACCCAAUUCAGCAGUUGUUCGUGGAUAAAGUUCGCGAAUAUGGCUUGAAGUCAAAAGGUCAGCUAUUCGUCGAUGCGACGCCAUCUAUUGAGAAGGAGUAUAAAGAUGAGAUAAGCAAGGCUGAACGCCACUACGGAGGUGGCAAGGGCGUCGACAUGAAGAAAUUUCCCGACUUCAAGUUCUCUCAACCAAAAAUUGAAAUUAAUUGAAAUGGCCUCUGGAAUGAUUCUUAAUGUUCUAGUUAUGUAAUUAAAAUGGCUUUUGGAUUUUUUUGAUAUAUCAUGGUAAAGCAAGAAAUAGAAGCCAAUUAUCGAAAUGAAAUUAGUGAAUAAAUUGAACAUAUAAUUCUAGUUAUCUUCUAUUAGUCGUAAAAAUGAGUGUAGUAUGUAGAAAGCAUAUAUUUUGUUGGCAGAGAUAGCAGUAAAGCUUAACAAAGAUCUUUUUACAAUGAUAUCAAUCUGCAUUCGCGCAGCAAUAGAAUCUACGCCAGAAGAUAUUGAAAGAGCACGAAAGAAAAUGACCGAUCUGUUACGGAAUUACAGAAAAAUAUGUUUCUAUCUGUGAUUUUUAUUAGUUAAACCUGAGCGAACCUCAUAUGUGUUAUAUUUAAUUACUAAAUAAUUCCAUAAAUCUAAGACAAAGACAAGA